GUCGCUUCAAUGGACUGAAAUCGACUGAAGACCUACAGCGCAUUGAGGUCUUAUUCAACUGCAUAGGUGAACGCAAGAGAGAAUGUGAAUUUAGUUCAAUCUGUAAGGAGUAUAGUGGAAGAAUAGUUAAGUGAUACAGCGAUGGAUGUGAGAGAUGCUGCUGGACGGUGGGAUGCUUUGGGCAGUCGAGAUGCAAGCUCCAGACAUGCAACAAUGGAGAUCAUUCACCAAGAGGUGAUGAAGAGAAUCGAGAACAUUGGCCCGAUACCGGACACACAGUCUUCUGGCCUUUCAGGUGUGAAUGUCUGUCCGGCCAGUGACCUUAACCCUAUGAUGGCACAUGUCCUGAUGCUUUCCAAAAGGUGUCCGUAUGAAGACGUCAGGGAGAAAUGCUUAUGUUUGCUCCAGAGGGUUCAGGACGUUGGGGUGCGAAUCCCCAGACCCCUGGGAAAUGGACCAAGUAGAUUCAUACCAGAAAAAGAGAUACUUCUAGUCAGUAAACUGGACGAAAGAACUCAGUCGAUUUUCGAGGAUGCCUUUGCUGUGCUCGGUCGCCUUGACAACAUCUCCCUGGUGAUAGGGUUCCAUCCUCAGUAUCUGGAGAGCUUUCUUAGGACACAGCAUUAUCUGCUUCAGAUGGAUGGUCCAUUGUCUCUUCACUACAGACAUUACAUAGGCAUAAUGGCUGCUGCCAGGCACCAGUGCACGUAUCUGGUCAACCUGCACGUGAACGAUUUCCUGCAGGUAGGAGGCGAUCCCAAGUGGUUGAAUGGUUUGGAGGAAGCCCCGCAGAAGCUCCAGGCUCUCGGGGAGCUCAACAAGAUCCUGGCCCACCGCCCUUGGCUCCUCACCAAAGAACACAUCGAGAGUUUACUGAAGACAGAGGAGCACAGCUGGUCCCUGGCUGAGCUGAUUCAUGCGGUGAUGCUGCUCACACAUUAUCACUCGCUGGCCUCAUUUACAUUCGGUUGCGGCAUCACUCCUGACAUCCACACAGAUGGAGGACAUACGUUCAGGCCGCCCUCACUCAGCGGUUACUGCGUAUGUGACAUUGCCAAUGGCAACGGGAGCCUGGAGGAGAUGAUGGGGAACCAACAGGUGUCAGAGUCGUCUGGCGAGGUGGAAGUGUUGAUGGAGCGGAUGAAGCAGCUACAGGAAUGUCGUGACGAAGAGGAGGCCAGUCAGGAGGAAAUGGCCACUCGUUUUGAGAGGGAGAAGACCGAAAGCAUGCAGGUGGUCACCUCUGAGGACGAGGAGUGCGUACCCUCCAGGGAUGUGUCGCGACACUUUGAAGACCCCAGUUACGGCUACAAAGACUUCUCCAGGAGAGGAGAGCAUGUGCCCACCCUUAGAGUGCAGGAUUAUAGUUGGGAGGAUCAUGGCUUUUCCCUUGUGAAUCGACUGUAUCCAGAUUUCGGACAGCUUCUCGAUGAGAAGUUCCAGAUCGCUUUCCAUCUGACAUAUAACACAAUGGCCACACACCAGGAUGUGGACACCUCUAUGCUCCGCAGAGCAAUCUGGAACUACAUCCACUGCAUGUUUGGUAUACGAUAUGAUGAUUAUGACUACGGGGAAAUAAACCAGCUGUUAGAUCGCAGUUUUAAAGUCUACAUUAAGACUGUGGUGUGCAGUCCAGAGAAGAUCACCAAGAGGAUGUACGAAAGCUUCUGGAGGCAGUUCCAGCACUCUGAGAAGGUCCACGUUAAUUUGCUUCUUAUGGAAGCGCGCAUGCAGGCAGAACUGCUCUACGCUCUGAGAGCCAUCACUCGCUACAUGACAUGAAGUGCUGUUCUCGUCUACCUUUUUAUUACAUUUUUUUUUACUGUUGUUGAUGUUGCUAUUGUGGGACACUUCAAUUAAAGUAAAAACUACAAAAAAAGAGGAAAAACAAACGUGAGGAAGAGUAACAAACGGCCGUUGUGAUGAUGACGACGAGAGGAACGGAUUCAUGGUUGUUUUGCAAAAAGAAGGAAGAAACAUCUGUCAACUGAACCUACUUGCUGAAUCACUUGAUCCUGCUCAGCCUGCAGGGCCAAAUGUGGCCACUGGGCGGAGUCGGAGCAGACUUUCCCCAAACUGGGGGUUUGCAAGAGGACAGCUUGAGAUUGCGAGCUUCUGGAGGUCAAACCUCCUUUUAGUAUUUCAAAUGCAUCUGCGAUGUCGUAUAAUCAUAUCUUCUUUUUGUGAGAUGAGAUAAAAAAAAAAGAUCACACCUAGCAACUCCAGCACGGUGCAGAUAGACUGCACCAACAUGCCUAUCUACUAGUGUUUCUCCAUAUCGUUUUUAUAUCGUGUUCUUAUUUUUAGCAGUGGCUAGAGAUCGAUGCAUUACUGAUUUAGGCAUAACGCGUGCCUAGUCAUGCGCAGCACUGGCAACAGAUGCUGAUGUGCCAUCUGUUCAAGCUGCUUUUCUCAAUCGAGAGGCCUCAAGACACCCAAACCAUCACCCAUGUGUAUAAGCUAAUCCAAGAAUGACUGUUUGUGUGCGUGAGAAAGAAAGUGAGAGUGCAAUUCAAAAGUUAUAGCUCUCUGAGCCCUUGUUAGAGUUUACUGUACGACACCACUUUGUGACAUCAUUUCUAAUGUGAGAAAAAAAAAUUGAAAAAAUCUUAUCAUAGGCUCUUCUGUUUCUUUUAAUGCAUUAAAUAUAUUAAAGCACUUUUUUAAGAAGUCAAGAUAUGCUUCAGCUGUUAUGUAGCCAUUUUGUUUUGAUGACCGUUUUCUGUCUUUUAUUUGUGUCAGUGAUGCUCGACGCACAAAGGUCUUCCUUUUGUGAUGUGCUUCCUGUUGCUCUGAUUUAUCCGUUUCGUGUCUUCCCUUUAAUGCGCGGUCAUCUUAACUACUCAAGCUUUUUAUUUAGGGGUUCAUUAUAACUAAAUACCUCCUGUUAUGUGUCCUUAAAUAUCUAAGUGCUGUCUGGUGAGCAGAAAUGUGUCUUUCGUGGCUGACGCUAAGAACCAGGCGACCCAAACGGCUGCGCAGUUGUGGGGUUAAUUAAUGCUUGUUCUCAUUUUUAGAACUUUAACCAGUGUAUCUAAGAUCUUGUUUGUUAGAAAGUGUGUUUGCAUUUUCUUUUCAAGCAGGGUGGAUUCUCUGCUGUCUUUUUACUGUUUACUGAAACCAGUUUAGUACUGCAUUCUGAUCAAGGCAGAACUAGUUGAGGGAUGGUACUUUUUCUUUUUGCAUAUGGAUAUGAGGAGGUUUUUAAGAGACUGAUGUCAGAUACUGACACUUUUAUAAGAGAAAUUUGUUUAAAAGAAAUAAAACAUGGUAUUUCA